AUUUUUAUUUUUUUUUAAGCAGGAAGUAAUAGAAGUAGAAUCUGAAGCUGAAAGGGAGACCGAAAGGAAUCCUCAUCGUUUAUGCAACUCCGGACUACAUAUUUUGCUAAAUCGUGGAAGAGAAUAAAAAAAUCUGUGUUGUUUCUUGACUUCGACGCUAAAUCUAACUCGGAGAUAGGAUUUAUCAAAAUUCGGCAUCGUUGAUCGUCUUCAUUCUGCACACAAUCACUAUGAAUUGCGUCGAUUUUCGGCUCAAAGAACUGGACGUGGAGCACUUUGAGAUACGAGAGGUUCUGCGAUGCAUUUUGCAUACAGUUUUAUUCCACAGAGCAUUAGGCCUGGUGCGGCCAAAGGACAUUGACUUGGAGCUUUUUGACAUUACUUAUGUUCAAUGUGGUGAUGUUGAGGUUGAGAAGAAAAUAGAUGAGAAGAUUGAGCACUUCAUUGAAAGGGUGGAGAAGCACCCCAACAAGAAGAAUGAGAUCUGUUUAUCCUUCUAUGAAGUCAAGAACAAGCAGGCAACGUGGUUCUCAAACAAAGUUGAACGUCUCUACUGGGAACAGUGGUACAUAAAUUUGAAUGUUGCUCAGCACCCAAAAGCACAUUCUAGCAAAUCUCAUCACUCCAAAGCAGUAGUUGAUCCUGGAGAGAGUGCAUCUGAGGAGAGGAAUGCUCGGCGAGCAGCACUAGAAUUGUCUCUUCGUGAAGUUCUGUUUCAGAUAAUCAAAUUUGUAAAUGAAAAAAAGGACCAUGUUCCCUCGGUACCAAAUCUUGAGGGUGUCUCAUUUCCCUAUGAGAUCACUAUCUCAAGUUCAUCAGAUUCCGCAUUUGGGAUGGAAAUGUUCAAGAGGAUGCUCCAGACUGGGCACCCAAGCAUUCUCAGUUGAGAAGCUAUGCCCAUUAUCUCAUUGGUUCAUAAGGUAAAAUUGUUGCAGUUUGGGCUGAAGUUGGUGAGGUGGCUUUCUGUGGUUGAACAGUAGAGAGUAACAUUAGUCAAUAUUUAUUGUACAUACAGUAUGUAUUUAUCUACCAAUGGAGAUCUCUUUUUCAUGCUUCUCGUUUCUAUCUACCACUAUACUAUAUGAGGGUACCCCUUAAUAUUGAGGGAGCAUUUUUCACUUGAACCAUGGACUUAAUAGAUGCCUUUAGGGUUCAUCUAUGUACAAUACUACAUUUAAACUAUUACUUAGAAACUCAAUAUCGUUGGUUAAUA